AUGAUAGUAGUUGGACUUGGAUUAGUUGAUUUGAUUUCCGAUGGAAUUUUAAAUGUUGCUAUUGUGGGGACUGGACCAGGAGGAUUCUAUACUGCACAUCAUUUAUUAAAUAAGUCAUCUCCAAAUAUACGGUUUGAAUUAGAUUUCUUUGAACGAUUACCUGCUCCUCAUGGACUCAGUAGAUAUGGAGUUGCACCAGAUCAUCCUGAAGUUAAGAAUUGUGAAGAAUAUCUUGAUAAUAUAUUUUCAACUCAAGAUUCAAGACAUAAAGUUAGAUUCUUAGGUAAUGUUGAAAUAGGUAAAGAUAUAAGUUUAAAAGAUUUAGAAUCUCAUUAUAAUUCUAUUGUUUUAUCUUAUGGUUGUACAAAUUCUGAUAAUAAAUUAGAUAUACCAGGUUCCGAACUUUCUGGAGUUAUAGCUGCUAGACAAUUUGUUAAUUGGUAUAAUGGUCAUCCUGAUUAUUAUGAAAAGGAUAAUUUAUUUAUUCCUCCUCCAUUGGAUAAAAUAUCAGAUGUGACUAUUAUUGGAAAUGGUAAUGUUGCCUUAGAUGUAGCUCGAGUAUUGUUAGCUGAUCCUAAAAGUCAUUGGGCUUCAACCGAUAUAUCUGAAGAUGCUUUAAAAGUAUUGAAAACUAGUACAGUAAAAAAUGUUAAUAUUGUUGCUAGAAGAGGUCUUUUGGAAUCAGCUUUUUCUAAUAAAGAAAUCAGAGAAUUAUUUGAACUUUCAAGUCAUCAGAGUAUAAAGUUUUUCCCUAUAGAACAAAGUGAAUUUGAUAAUAUUGAUACUACUAAAUUAGGUAGAGUUGAUAAAAGGAAAUUGAGCAUUAUUGAAAAAUACUCCAAGGCCACCUCAGUUGAAAAUCCAGAAAAGACUUGGUCAUUACAAUAUUUAAAGAGUCCAAUUGAAUUUAUACCUAAUCCACACAAUGAAUCUUUACUCUCAGGUACAAAAGUUGUUAUUAAUCAAUUGGAUCAUGAUUCAUUAACUCAACAAACAAAAGUUAAACCUACAAGGGCUACGGAAAUUAUUAAAAAUGAACUUGUUAUUUUAUCUAUAGGUUAUAAAGGUACAUCUAUUGAAGAAUUUAAAGAUAUAGGUAUCUUAUAUGACAAUGGGAAACUUUAUAACAAACAAGGUAGAGUGUUAUCAGUGGAAUCAAAGGGUAAGGAGGAACAUUUGCAUGUAUAUAAGAAAGGAUGGUAUACUUCAGGUUGGAUUAAGAAUGGUCCUAAGGGGGUGAUAGCUACCACUAUGAUGGAUUCAUUUGAUACAGCUGAUAAAUUAUUAACUGAUUUAUCCAAUGGAAUUUAUUUAGAUUGUGUUAAAGAUAGUGAUGUAACUGAUUUGUUACAAGACAAACCCAUUGUUAAGUGGGAAAAUUGGAAACAGUUAGAUGAAUAUGAAUUACUCAAAGGUAAGCAAAUGGGAAAGUCUCGGUUUAAAGUAUGUAAUAGAGAAGACAUGUUAACUACAGCUUGUAAAUAG